AUGUCACUUCAUUACCUCGCCCUUCUAGCCGCGUUCUGGUACGCGUUGUUCGCGACAGAUUGUUCGCCUACUCGAUCUCAUAGUGAAUUUGAGUACCAGCGAGAUCUCUUCGAGCUUCUCGAUCUCACCCACCACAACCUCUACACCUCAAGGGAUACAGCAAAAACCAAGACGAGAGCACAACGAAAGCAGUACGAAAGCAAAACGAAAUCCUCAUCAUCUCAAGGUCCAUCAAUCAGCUAUCGAAAAACCUACCUCGAAAACCCUACACGCACAGAAUCCUCUCCCAAGAUGUGCAUCCAACACUGGAUCCAAUACGUGUGCGGCCACAACAAGUUUGUCGAGGACGAGAACUGCCUUGGCCACCACCCAACCGACCACCGCUGCUAUGGCAUUGGCUGGCGCAUCCAAAUCCACAGGCCGAAACCUGAUCGUCUGUGUGAGGAGUGUAGGAAGACGCCGCAGCAGAGAUGGCGACGCCGACCAAGUCAGUGCAACGGAGGACCAGAGAACGGACACGGUGCGGCAGAGGCCUAAGUGCGUGGAUUGAUGAUAGCAUUUUAUCAGGAAUUGGCAAUGGUCUCUGGAAUGGACGUUUCUUCAGCAGAUACGGUGUUCAGAAAGC